GCCAUGGCUCACGGGCCCAGCCGCUCCGCGGCAAGUGGGAUCUUCCCGGACCGGGGCACGAACCUGUGUCCCCUGCAUCGGCAGGCGGACUCUCAACCACUGCGCCCCCAGGGAAGCCCCUAACUCCGGCUUUCUGAGACCAAGCUGCCACUCCAGCAAUGAAGCAAAUUACCUGGUCUUGAGCCCACUAGGAAUGGCAGCCCCAUCUAUGAAAGAAAGGCAGGCUUGCUGGGGAGCCCGGGAUGAGUACUGGAAGUGUUUAGAUGAGAACACAGAGGACGCUUCUCGGUGCAAGAAGUUAAGAAGCUCAUUUGAAUCAAGCUGUCCCCAACAGUGGAUAAAAUAUUUUGAUAAAAGAAGAGACUACUUAAAAUUCAAAGAAAAAUUUGAAGCAGGAGAGUUCCAGCCUCCGAAAACAGCUGCAAAGUCCUAGGCUGUUCCUGAACAUUUCAGAAAGGUUGAAAUAAUUUUUUCUGGACAUUCAAAAAUGCUCUAUAUGACAACAGUAGUUUGAAUGAUGGCAAACACCAAUGCUUGUUCCAAAUAUACAACUCUUAAUUUAAAUGGUCAAGUAACAAGAUUCCAUUUUUCAAAAGACAGACUUGAAAUAAAAUGGUAUGAAAUAUG